UAUUACCCUCUUACAUUGGAAAUUGGAAUUGUGGAGAGGACCGACCUCAUUAAACAUUACUUUAGCCUUGGUCUUCAGUACUCCGAGAUAUUGGCUUUUCUGCUCUCUUUUCAUGGAAUUCAACUGAGCUUGCGUCAGCUCAGACGAAUUUUGAGACGUGAGGGUCUACGUAGAAGGAAAGACCACAGUGAUAUCGAACAAGUUAUUAAUACCAUAGAAACUGAACUUGAGGGAAGUGGAAACCGAAUUGGAUACCGUCAAAUGCACCAGCGAUUAAGGAACGACUACGGUCUCGUUGUCCAAAAGGAAAUCGUUCGAGAAAUAAUCAAAGAAUUGGACCCUGUUGGAGUACAAGCACGAUCGUCAAAGAGAUUCAGGAGAAGAGAAUACCGUGCAAAAGGGCCCAACUAUAUUUGGCACAUAGAUGGCUAUGAUAAACUUAAACCGUUUGGGUUUUGUAUACAUGGAGGCAUAGAUGGUUAUAGCAGACGCAUUCUUUGGUUAGAAGUUGGUUGCACAAACAACAAUCCAAAAAUAAUUGCCAAUUAUUUUACUGAGGGACUGGUCAAAAAGCAUAGGGGGGUGGGCCGGAGCAGAGAGGGGUGGGUCAUGAGGUUUUGAGCCUUGUGCAAGGGGUGGGUCUUGCAAUUUUCAGCUACUCUUAGGGGGUGGGUCAUUCUAUUUUAUUACAUAGAUAGGCACUAACUACUAACGAGACAGUUGACUACACUUGUUAUAUAAAACACAGCCAGCUGGAAUUAUUGCUGAAAUACUCGCAAACCUCUUGUGCGAGAAAGUGCAAAAGGGUGACAGGCCGCACAUCUAUACGGGAGUGGAACCCUUAACCUUUUUUUUUUUUUGGCUCUUACGGGCAUGUCCUUUAAUGAUUUUCCUUUUUUUGUAAGGAAAUGAUUGGUGGCUCUUUAAAAAUUUAUUGAGGUUACAGUUGGUUUUGUAUAAGAUUCCAUUUUUUCAUUCAAGCUUCCUUUGUAGUAGACAAUGAGGGCUGGUAUUGUGUCACGAAUGGCAAUAUUUCUUUUUCCUCCUUGUUGUUUUGUUUUAGGAGUUUAGACUCCCUUUCGUGAAUUUUAUUUCUGAUAGUAUGUUUUCUAUCAAAGAUUGUGGGUAGCCUCCGUCCAUCAAGCGUUGUUUUUUAAAUGUGAAUUAUUUUCCUCAAAAGUUAUUUCUGACAAGUUUUUUCGUAGGAUUCUCAAGGCUCCUUUUUUAACAUUUGGAGGGUGACACGAGGUGAAAUGUGUGUGCAAGAAGGUUUGCUUUUGUUAAAAAUGUGUCUUUUCAUCAAGGAUAGAUUUUUCCUUGAAUCUUGUGCCUUUGUCUACAACCGUGUCUAAAAACGCAGUCUCAGUGUCAAAUGUUUCGGCCUUGAAUUCAAUAGUUGGGUGAUGUAAGACUUACAUCACCCAACUAUUGUUCAAUGAAGGCUUCGAUGUCUGCUUUACUCAUGUACCAUAGGUCAAAGAUAUCGUGCAUGUAGCAUUUCCAAACUGUUGUUCUAAAGACAGUUUUGCUUAGAGUUGUUGUUUCAAUAUAUGUCAUGAAAAUAUUGGCAAAGGAAUCAAAUCUGCUUUCUUCGUGCCCAUUGCAGUUCCAUGGUUUUGUAGGUAGUGCUUUCCAUUGAAGUGGAAGAAAUUUUCUUUGAGGGUCGAUUAAUCUAAGCAUUUCCGGCAAGUAAUGUGUAGGAAUGGGUUGUCUUUGUAGAAAUUUUCUUAUGCUUUGUGGCAGACAAUUUCAAUAUACCCUCGUUUUGCUGUAUAUUCGUAUCAAGACUCAUAACGUCCAUCAAAACAAGGAAUGUUGGGUUUUUCACAUUUGUCUUUCCAGUGAAAGGUAUGAUUUCUGUGAUUUUGAUAUUGGUUGUGGCAGUGUAUCAAUAAAUUUUGUCAAGCACAGAACAAGGUUUUAUGGGAUUAUUAAGAGGAAACCAAACAUCCAUGUUUUAACUAGGGGGUGGGUCAUGCAAUUUCCAACCUUGCUUUAGGGGUGGGUCAGUCAUUUUUGUGCCGAAGGGAGGGGGUGGGUCAUGUUUGUUUUAUCAACCACAUUUCCAAAUGCUCCGGCCCCCCCCCCCCUAUACUUUUUGACCGGUCCCUGACUGUAUUCGCCAAAUAGGUGGAGUUCCGAGGAUAGUGCGAGCCGAUGCGGGAACAGAAAAUAUAUCUGUGGCAGGUAUACAACGAUUUCUGCGGUCAGGAACUGAAGAUGCAUUCUCCGGAGAAAAAAGUUUCCUGUACGGAAGGUCGGUAAGCAAUCAGAGAAUAGAAGCUUGGUGGUCAUUUCUGAAGAAAAGUAACGCUAGCUGGUGGAUCGAUUUUUUUAAGGACAUGAGAGAUGAAGGUGUCUUCUGCGACCAUGACCCAAUUCACGUUGAUUGCUUGAGAUUUUGUUUUAUGCCCCUAAUGCAACAGGAGCUUCACACAGUAGCAAAACAAUGGAACCUGCACAAUAUUAGACCUUCCCACAAUGCAGAAUCUCCUUCUGGCCGACCAGAUAUACUCUAUUUCGUGCCAUCAUGGACAGAUACAAGGGAUUACAUGACAGAGGUCGAUCUUGAUGAUAUUGACAUAAUUGAAGAUGUAUGCUGUGACAGAACAAGCCCAACUCAUUGCUCAGACGAGUGUAGAGAAUUAGUGGACAUAAUAAUGCAAGAGCAACAUUUACAAAUUCCUACAAAUGCUCAAGAAGCACGUGACCUUUUUGUGGAUCUUGUUUACCAUAUUGAAAAUACUUGA